CACAGAUCAGCACAGAGAGACAGGGAGACGCAGCUCCUCACUGCUCUCUCCUUCAUCCCUCCAUCUUCUUCUUCUUCUUCUCCUCCUCUUCCUCUUCUUCCUCUCCUCUUUCCAAGACCACAACUCUCUGUAUCUGCUUAUCUUCCUUCUUCUCCUUCUUCUCCUCUUCCUCUCUCUCCUCAUCCUCCAGACAGUCAGGUCCAACUCUUUUCUUCAUUUCCUCUUCAUCAUCAUCAUCCUCAGAGGAAGACGGACAGGGACCCCCUGACCCUCGCCCCCACGGGUCACCAUGGCAACGGUCAUCUGCACUCGUUUCACUGAAGAGUAUCAGCUGUACGAAGAGCUGGGCAAGGGAGCAUUUUCAGUGGUGCGGCGCUGUGUGAAGGUGCUGUCGGGUCAAGAGUAUGCAGCCAAGAUCAUCAACACCAAGAAGCUGUCAGCCAGAGAUCAUCAGAAGUUGGACCGUGAAGCUCGAAUCUGUCGUCUACUGAAGCACCCUAACAUCGUUCGGCUCCAUGACAGUAUUUCAGAGGAGGCUCAUCAUUACCUCAUCUUUGACCUGGUAACAGGUGGAGAGCUAUUUGAAGAUAUUGUAGCCAGAGAAUAUUACAGUGAAGCUGACGCCAGUCACUGUAUUCAGCAGAUCCUGGAGGCGGUGCUUCACUGUCACCAGAUGGGUGUGGUCCACCGAGACCUAAAGCCAGAGAACCUGCUGCUAGCCUCAAAGUCUAAAGGAGCGGCCGUCAAACUGGCUGACUUUGGGCUGGCCAUUGAGGUGGAGGGAGACCAGCAGGCCUGGUUUGGCUUCGCAGGGACUCCUGGUUAUCUCUCUCCGGAAGUUUUGAGGAAGGAUCCAUACGGGAAAGCAGUUGACCUCUGGGCCUGUGGUGUGAUUCUCUACAUCCUGCUGGUUGGUUACCCUCCGUUCUGGGAUGAAGAUCAACAUCGUCUCUACCAGCAGAUCAAAGCUGGAGCUUAUGAUUUUCCCUCUCCUGAGUGGGAUACAGUGACUCCUGAAGCCAAAGAUCUCAUCAAUAAGAUGUUGACCAUCAAUCCAUCCAAACGGAUCACAGCAGCCGAGGCACUUAAACACCCAUGGAUCUCUCAUCGCUCCACGGUGGCGUCCUGUAUGCACAGACAGGAAACGGUCGAGUGUUUGAAGAAGUUCAAUGCCAGGAGGAAACUGAAGGGAGCCAUCCUCACCACCAUGUUGGCCACAAGGAACUUCUCAGGAGGAAAGAGCGGGAGCAACAAGAAGGCCGAUGGAGUCAAGGAGUCAUCGGAGAGCACUAACACCACCAUAGAGGACGAAGAUACCAGAGUGAGGAAGCAGGACAUCAUAAAAGUUACAGAGCAGCUCAUCGAGGCGAUCAGCAACGGAGACUUUGAGAGCUACACUAAGAUGUGUGACCCAGCUGUGACGGCGUUCGAGCCUGAGGCAUUGGGGAAUCUGGUCGAAGGCCUUGACUUCCACCGCUUUUAUUUUGAAAACCUGUGGUCUAAGAACAGCAAACCGGUCCACACCACCAUCCUGAACCCGCACAUCCACCUGGUGGGGGAAGAGGCCGCCUGCAUUGCCUACAUCAGAGUCACUCAGUACAUCGACGCCAACGGAACGCCUCGCACCGCCCAAUCAGAGGAGACCAGGGUGUGGCACCGCCGUGACGGGAAGUGGCAGAUCGUCCACUUCCACCGCUCAGGCUCCGCCUCUACUCUCAGCAAUUAACCACCAGAGUGAGCAGGUCCUUGUUGGCACAACCGCCGCCUUGACAACUGAUUGAUUGACAGCAGGCCAGGCAUCUGACACCAACCGUUGUGGAUUUAGUUCGAGAAAAACAAGAUGACAGACGAAGAGGGCGGGGCCAGAAAGCAGUCUGCACUACCAACCAAUCAGAUUCCUCCUUUCUGCUCAUCUGCACUUCAGCCAUGCCCCCAACUAGUAAUAAGCCAAUCAGCUGCUCAGCAAAGAUUGUAAUAAUGUGUGGAAACUUCGUAUCUCCAGCUUUUCUAUUGGACCAGAGCUGCCUUUACAGCAGAUACAACAAACAAUAC